GUUUCAGACGUUCAGCCUUUAUGUUGGGGAAAAAACUGGGUUCUGCUCUACCCUGCCCCUGCAUUACUCAGAUGGAUGGAGUAACUCCAUCUGCUGAGAAAGGCCACUAGAUAUGGUUGAAAGCGUUGCAAACACCAAAAAGACAAGAGAACGCGUGGAUACUACUCCACAGGACUGGAUGUGUUUGGCUUCACGGAAGGAGACCACAAAAAAAGAGAGUGGGAAGGACACAAAGUGCUGACUGAACUGCAGGCUGAGUGCGGAGGAGUAAGCAGACAAGGCAGAGCACACGAGACCUGACUGAAAGCGCCCAUGGCGAGCAAUAACACAGCCAGCAUCGCACAAGCCAGGAAGCUGGUGGAACAGCUGAAGAUGGAAGCCAACAUUGACAGGAUAAAGGUGUCAAAAGCAGCAGCAGACUUAAUGUCAUACUGCGAAGCCCAUGCCAAAGAGGACCCUCUGUUAUCGCCAGUGCCAGCGUCAGAGAACCCGUUCAGGGAGAAGAAGUUCUUCUGUGCCAUCCUGUAAACUUGGCAUGGCCCUUCAGCAGUCUGCUCAGUGUGGGACUUUGAACGUGGACAUUAAAAAUACGUAGAAAUAUUCUAGUGGGAGGGCACGGCGAUUAUUGCCCCCUUUCUUGAACGGCACCUAAAGAGUGCAAAAAAUUAAAACCCACAGAGUUUACAUGUAACAAUUAAAGGGGUUGUGAUUGCUUUUUUUGAGGGUGUUGCAGCAUGUUGAAGGGGUCUGUGCUUUAGAUGACACAAAAGGGAUGAUUAUGAUGAUGAUGAGGAGUAUGAUGAUAACCCAGAGAAGUGACGGACAACCAGUCAACCUUCCCGAGUCUUCAGGUUGUGAUGUGUACAAAACAAAAAAAUAGAUAAAAUGAGAUUAAAAAUAUUUUGUGGUUCUUUUGGGACUUCCAAACGUUCUGUUAAAUGGUUUGUGGAUGGGUUGAGCACCGUAGGACGGCAAACAAAAAUACUCCUACCACUAGAUGCCACCUGAUUAUUGGAAUGUUUUUUUAAGUUGUUGAUUUUACGUUUAUUUCAAUUACCUAUCGCCUAGAUAUAUCUUUCUAUAACUGUACGUGAUUACUGUAACAGAUCUGUUAACUUUUUUUCUUACACCAACAGGUUAGUGAAAGCUUUUUUAAUGGGAUGUUUGAAACAUUCGACUGUGAUUCUCUUUACAAAUACCUGUCUGAAAAUCAGUCUCUGUGUAUCAACAUCUAUCUGGCAAAUGUGAUGCAGUUUGUCUCCUUCAGAUACAAUCCCUCUUUCUACUAUUUGUAUAAAAUGACUAGCAAGUAAACUGUGCUGUGCUGUGAGUUCUGAAUGUUUGUGUUUGUAUCAUUAACUAUUGCAUGAAAUGGACAAACAGCCUUCUCUAUUUCCUUUCAUGUGUAGAAUGUAUGAAACAGGGGCAGCCUCCAUCUGGAAGUGCCAAAACAUUAAAACCAGAAUGAUUCAA